AUGUCGUCCAACCAACAAAACGGCGCCGUCUUGGGCCGAGAAUUCACCCAGAAUGUCAUUGACGCCAUGGGGCCCAAGACGAGCCCUCGGCUGCGGCAGGUUAUGGGCGCCCUGAUCUCGCACAUCCACGACUUUGCGCGCGAGGUGCAGCUCACCACCGACGAGUGGAUGGCCGGCGUCGAGCUGAUUAACGAGGCAGGGCGCAUGAGCAACGACAGGCGCAACGAGGGACAGCUGCUCUGCGACGUCAUCGGCCUGGAAUCCCUCGUCGACGACAUCACCUUCACCACCGCCAUCCACAGCGCCAACGGCCUCACGGCAUCUGCAAUCCUCGGCCCCUUCUGGAGACACGACACACCGCACAGGGACAACGGCACCACCAUCACCUUUGACACGCCGCCCGACGGACAGGUCGUCUACAUGCACGGCAAGGUGACCGACGUCACGACUGGGAAGCCGCUGCAGAAUGCCUCCGUCGACGUCUGGCAAGCAUCCACCAACGGCCUUUACGAGCAGCAAGACGACGACCAGAAGGAGCACAAUCUCCGCGGCGUCUUCCACACCGACGCCGAGGGCUGCUACUCCUUCUACUGCCUCCGUCCGACGCCCUACCCGGUGCCCAUGGACGGGCCUGCGGGAAAGCUGCUCGGCAUGAUGGACCGCCAAGUGUUUCGCCCUGCGCACAUUCACCUCAUGGUCCAACAAGAGGGCUACAAGUCCUUGACUACCCAGAUCUUCGACCACAAGUGCAAAUACCUCGACAAGGACUCCGUGUUUGCCGUCAAGGACGAGCUCAAGGUCGAGUUUGUGCCGCGAAAGGGCGACCCGCAAGCCCCCCUCGAGCUGGAGUACAAUAUUACGCUGGCAAAGACGUCUUGA